AUGGUCUUCCUAUCACAGGCCAAGGGCCUCGCGGCCGUUGUCUACGGCUUGACUCUACUCGCUGCCCCAGUAUCAUCAUCACAAACUUCACUUAGCCCCCGCGCAAAGAAGAACGCAACAAGUCCCUACGCAGAAGCAGUCUCCAAAUACGUUGAUUCUCUGGACAAAGAGCUCUGGUCAAUCAACAAGAACAUUCACGACAACCCCGAACUCGGAUACAAAGAGUUCAAGGCCCACAAACUUCUCACGUCGUACAUGAAGAAGCAAAAAGGAUGGAAAGUCACAGACACUGUCGGUGGAAUUGACACUGCUUUCAUGGCUGUGUUUGAAGGCUCAGGUGAUGGUCCUGUUGUGAGCUUCAAUGCCGAGUAUGAUGCUCUUGAGGGACUGGGCCAUGCUUGUGGUCAUAACUUGAUCGCGACAGCGUCGCUGGGUGGUGCGUUGGCUGCUGCUGAGAUUAUGCGCGAGGAAAAGCUUGGAGGAAAGGUCAUCCUUUUCGGUACACCGGCUGAAGAGUCGCUUGGUGGAAAGGUCAAGAUGUUGGAGGCCGGCGUCUUCAAGGACGCCAAGAUUGACAUCUCUCUCAUCUCCCACCCCAGCAAUGGCCCGGAUACUCCAUACAUGCUCGCGCAGUCGACUGAUCGCUUUGAUGUCGAGUACACAGGCCGCGAAGCUCACGCUGCAGCUGGACCAUGGGACGGCAUCAAUGCCCAGGACGCUCUCCUCCUCGCCAACAGCGCCCUGUCCUACAUGCGCCAACAAAUGCGAACAACCGAUCGCGUCCACGGUAUCAUCCAUUCAGCUGGAAGCCGUAUCAACGUCAUCCCCGCGGACGCGUCAGGAAGUUACCAGCUCCGCUCCGCCAACGAAGAGCAACUUGAAGCACUCUCAGACAAGGUCUACAAUUGCUUUAAAGCCGGAGCCAUCGGCACAGGAGCAAAGAUGAACUUCACAAUGCGUCCAUACGGCUACGCCAACAUGAACAACAAUGAUGGUCUCGCUGCGUCUUACACGAGGUGGUUUGAGGAGCUGGGUGGUGAUCUCCCCGACGCUGAUGUCGACAAGAUGAGAAGUCCCGGUGGCUCUACAGACCAGGGAAACAUUAGCCAGGACUUCCCGACUAUUUCUCCCAUGUUCCAAAUUACCUUCCAGAAUGGUACUGUUCCCAAGGAAGGUCCCCAUACUGCUCCUUUUGAGGUCGCUGCUGGAAGUAAGGCUGCGUUUGAGAAGUCGCUCAUGGUUGCUAAGAGUCUUGCGGGUGUUGCGGUCGAUAUGUUGACGGUCGAUGGGCUAUUGGACGAGAUUAAGGAUGAGUUCAAGAAGUCCAAAAAGGCCUCCGAUCGCCGAAGAAGAUGA